UAAUCAUCAUCAUCUGCUGUCAAAUGAGUCAAGGAAAUACCAUGUGAGAGUUGCAUCAUAUGAUAUAUAUACAUAACCCUAAAUAUUCUAUCACAACUCACAAGACCCAUUUGGAGCUGUCGAUUUGAUCUGCAAAUACCAACAAAACCAGCCAAACCAAUUCAUGAAGAAACCCCCCAAAAAAGAACAAUGUGGGAUCAUGGUUUUUGAAGUAUUCACAGCUCUCUCUCUCUCUCUCUCCAUGUGGGUUUGAGGAUAAUUGAAUGAGGGUUCAGAAUCAACGCAGGGACAAAUUCUGAAUUUCAAUCUCAUUUUCAGACUUCACAUGUGAGGUUGGUUUUCUGCAUUAAGAGCACUUGGUCCCUUAUUUAUAGUUGGCAGCUCUACUACUUUGCAAUCCCAAUAAAUGUAAAAAUACAUAUCUUCUUCAAUUCCUCAAUCCUCUUCUUCCAUCUCCUUCAUUGUUCACAAAAAAUGCCAAAACUCAUUCUUGCAAUAUUAUUGAAUCUCUUCCUUCUUGCUAUCAAAGCCAAUGCCUUUGCUCCAUCUGGGUGGACUAAAGCUCAUGCUACAUUCUAUGGAGGCAGUGAUGCUUCAGGAACCAUGGGUGGAGCUUGUGGCUAUGGAAACUUGUAUGCAACUGGUUAUGGAACGAGUACUGCUGCUCUAAGCACUGCAUUGUUCAAUGAUGGAGCUUCAUGUGGAGAGUGUUAUAGGAUCAUGUGUGAUUCUAAUGCAGACUCUAGAUGGUGUAUUAAAGGAGCAUCUGUGACAAUCACUGCAACAAACUUUUGCCCUCCUAAUUUUGCUCUGCCCAACAACAAUGGAGGUUGGUGCAACCCUCCUCUUCAACACUUUGACAUGGCUCAGCCUGCUUGGCAAAAGAUUGGUAUUUACCGAGGCGGGAUCGUCCCAGUUUUGUUCCAAAGGGUUCCUUGCAAAAAGCCCGGAGGAGUAAGAUUCAGCGUCAAUGGGAGGGACUAUUUUGAGCUUGUGUUGAUAAGCAAUGUUGGUGGGGGUGGAUCAAUUCAGUCUGUGUACAUCAAAGGCUCCAGAACUAAUUGGAUGGCAAUGUCAAGGAAUUGGGGAGCUAAUUGGCAAUCCAAUGCCUAUCUUAAUGGCCAGUCUUUGUCUUUCAAGGUCACAACCACCGAUGGUGUCACUCGUGUGUUCACAGAUAUUGCCCCAUCAAAUUGGCAUUUUGGACAAACAUUCUCCAGUUCAUUACAAUUUUAACUCUUAAAUCGAUUUUAGGGUUUAGGGAUUUGAGUCGAGGCAUGCUUAUAGUUUUACUUAUAGCAGCCCGCUAACGUCAGAUUAAGAUUUGCUUUGCUUCCCAUUUGGAAGCUAUAAUUGACAUUACUAUUAUGUCAACCACUUGGGUGAUAGUUUAUUGAUAAAUUUCUCCUGAGUUAGACUGUAUAGACUCCGAAUGAAUGUCGUAUGUUCAAUUCCCACCAGGGAAAAAAAUAAGUUACUCUUAUGUGGAGUAAGAAUUUACUAUAUUUGUGUCAAAACUAAACCACAAAAUCGAAAUCAUAACCAACAUUUGUCUAUAUAUCAUAUCCUUGCUAGAGGCCAUGUUUGGCCCUUCAGUUGCAGAAUUUUAGAGCAUAAAUUGUAUGUGUGAAUAUGGUGUUGAUUAGGGAUUUUUAGAAACAUAGGUACAGACUACUACAGAGAAUGUCUUGUUCAUUUAUUUUCUGUUCUGUUCAUGAUUUUUUUUGGUGAUUGUAAUGAUUAUUGAUUAAAUUUUCAUAUUAAUGGCAUUAAUCUCGAACAUGAAAAUGUACAUAGCUACAUGAACUAUUUAAAGUUAGUUGUAAAGUUAGUGGUGCAAGAACUUAGAA